AUGAUACCAGCUACUACAUCCAAAUUCGUGCUUGAAUCGCUCAAGGCAGAUGAUGCCACUCAAUCCACGCUUCAAGAAUCCGAAAUGUCCAUCAUUGAGGAAGAAAGUUUUUCCUCGUCAGCAGAAUUAAAACAAGUUCAUCGAAACGCGACGACAGCGCAAUCAACGUUUUCGACGGGGGAGUCGACGUUCGAUGGUCCGCAUAGCAUUACGCUGGGUGAUCUCAGUGUGUUCUCCAACUUGAGCAUGGAUAUGACGCUCGACAAAGCAAGUCAUCUCGAUGCUCCUGCCGGCUCCGAUACGACAAUUGCUGGUGAAUUCAUUGAACUGUUGGUGUCGUGGAAUGCCAAAGAACCAGAAAAAAUCAUAUACUACUGCGCAGUGGUCAUGUGUCUUUCAAAGUACUUUACGAUACUGGAUAUGUUACUUGCCGCAGUAAUAGUGGUAUACAUCCAAAGUGAAAAAUCGCCAUCGCUCGAUCAGUUCCUUCGGCGGCUCCAUCAGGUACUCUGUUCGGCAAUUCAGGAUGCAGUCCAAAACACAAUCCCACAUUCAGCCGUGUGCUAUCUUCUGGCACGACGCCAAACGCCUGCAAAUCUAUCAUCAAGUCUAGAAAAAAGAUUCGAUGAGCUAUCAAUCGAGAACAAAGAGUUGAAAUCACAAUUGGAGUCUGAAAAGUGGCAAGUCAAGAGUCUUCAGGAUUCCCUUUCUCGGAAAGAAACAAUUCUAGAAACCGAAGUGGUCAAUCGUGCGACGUUUGAGCAAUCGUCCGAGUUGGUGCAAACAAUUCACGACCAUGAAAAGACCCAGCUUGAGGAAACUGUGAAGCGCCUCAAAAUAGAGAUUGAAUCACAAACGCAAGCUAUGGAGCUGAUGGAGGCACAGGCAGUUCAACGAGAUGAACUACUGCAAAGCAUCUUGCUAAAGUUCGAAAGAAACGAGGCUUCAUUGUCCCGAAAGAGUCGAAGAAGAUCCGAGCCAGCAUCCGUGAUAUCCAAUGGCAACAGCCCUCAGCAGAAUAAAGCAACACAAGCUUUAUGA